GUACAAACCAAUGUUGCAUCCCCAUUUCCCAAUCUCAUAUCAGCAUCUCUAUAGUCAUAGUCAUAAAAUAACGUAUAAAAACAUAGGCCGUCAGGCGCCACGCUGCCGGUUUACCCUUCCACAACAGUCAGCAACACAAAAUCCACCGCAACUCCCUAUUAGCAUCCACCGUCGUUCUCCCAUCUCUCUGAUUUCUGUUCUCUCUCUCGGCUCUCGCAGAAUUUACGCCAUUUUUGUGAACGCUUGUUCUCUCCCAAUGGCGCCAUCCGAGUCGGUUAUUGUGGAGUACGCCAAAUCCAACCGUUCUUCCUGCAAGAAAUGCUCUGAAGCCAUACAAUCUAAAACCCUAAGAUUGGGAUUGGUCUCAAGGGACAAGAGUAGAGGUUUUGACGUUACCAAAUGGCACCACCUCAGUUGCUUCCCUCUACCCUCUUUUCACUCCCCUCCUAAUACCAUUACCGGCUUUUCCUCCUUGAAGAGCGAUGACCAAGAAGCUCUGACAAAGUUAUUUGCUGGACAGGACAAUUCUGAAGAGGAAUGUAAAGCAACGGAAGACAUACAAAAUGAAGAGAAAGAUACUGAAGAAAGUGCUUCAAAGAAAAGAAAAUUAUCCACCUCUGAUGUUAAAGUUGGGGCCAAUAUAAUCUUUUCAGCUUCUGAUGUGAAGAGCACAUACAAGGAUGCUACCCUUUUGCCUAAAUGGAAGGCAUUCCAGACAGUCAUUUUUCUUGAACGGGAUGAUGGUUUGGAAGAUUCAAGUAAAAUUGCUGCAUUUGAUUUUGAUGGUUGUCUUGCAAACACUUCUGUGAAAAAAGUAGGUCCAAAUGCUUGGUCCCUCAUGUAUUCCUCAAUUCCUGAUAAACUCCAAAGCUUAUACAACAAUGGCUACAAGCUGGUAAUUUUCACCAAUGAAUCCAACAUCGAACGUUGGAAGAACAGCAGACAGAAAGCCGUCGACUCAAAAAUUGGACGUCUAAAUCAAUUUAUUGAGAAAGUGAAGGUCCCAAUUCAGGUUUUUAUAGCUUGUGGGGUAGGUAAAUCAGGCAAAGCUGGAACCAAGGAAGAUGAUCCGUUUCGGAAACCAGAACCAGGGAUGUGGCAACUCAUGGAGAAAUACUUCAAUUCCGGCAUUACCAUCGAUAUGGAUCAAUCCUUUUAUGUCGGCGAUGCAGCUGGGAGAGAAUCAGAUCAUAGUGAUGCUGAUAUUAGAUUUGCAGAGGCUAAUGGUUUGAAGUUUUAUGUCCCUGAAGAGUACUUUGCGGCAUGAGCAUUUAAUUUAGACAUACAUUGGUUCAUAUAAGGGACUAGCUUUGUGUCGAAGUGACAUUACCAUGGCUUUUGUCUAUCAGCAGUUGUCUAGAUGUAGAAUAGAUUAAUUAACCUAGUGUUGUUGAAAAUUUGUGAACAUUUCUGAGAUUCUAUGAUUGAAUAACUUUAUCAUCUAUCUAUCUUCUAUCUAUAUAUAA